AGAUUUCAAACUUCACCAAACCGAUCCCCGCCAGACGAUGGAAGCACGCGAUGGUGAACUACAAAGAUGUGGUUUUCAUGUUCGGCGGCCAUGGUCAGAGGUUGCAGCCGCCGCCCCCUGGUCAGCCCCGCAUAGCUCACGAGAUUUACGAUACCCAGAGCAAGUACGAGGCCACCAACCCACUGUACUAUGACGACCUGUGGGCAUAUAACGUUACCGAGCGAGAGUGGGAACAACUCAAGCCGUUCUGCACGACAUGCCAGAACCAGUCGGAGGUUGACGGGACAGCAGAGCGCGAUGUAUUCGGACCAAGAGGUCGCCACAGCCCUUCGCUCGCGAAUUACGACGACUCGGUGUACCUUUUUGGAGGAUAUGCCUUUGGAGGCGUGACAAACUUCGUUGGUAUCUACCCCACUGGCACGGCGACUGACUAUCCAUCGUUGAACUCAAAGUACUACCUCAACGACAUGUGGAAGUACAACAUCACCGUGAACGAGUGGGAAGAGCUGUUUCCCCAUCCUAGGUACCCUAUCAGGCCGAGCCCGAGGUUUGGGCACUCAGCCGCAAUCAGCAUCAAAGGCGACCAAGUUGUCAUGCUUGUGUUCGGUGGAUACACGUGGGACGAUGAGAUUGGCGAUCUUUGGUACUACAAUAUCUCAGGCGACACCUGGAUCAAAGUUGAAGGCGAGGGUGAAUAUCCCUCGCGGCGAUACAGGUCCACUAUGGUGCCCAUUGGCCACACAUCUCAGCUCCGCACUGGCUCCACGCAACAGGCUGGUCGUGCCCUUGUUUUUGGAGGACACGGGUGUCUGAAAGGUGCAAGUUACGUCGAAGCGACAAAGAGCAAGGUAGUGUCGAAUAUGGACCGUAUCAACAACAUCGAUAGGCAAUGGGACACUCAGUACGACGCCACCGGUGACGGCAAGAUCACGGUUCGUGGCAUUGAUGUGAACGAGUACGGCGACCCAAUUCUCAGUACCAAUCCAGACCUUUGGAUCCAGACUCCAAACGACUAUGGUGAGAAGUAUUGCUACGAAGAGCUGGAUGAUCUGUGGCAGUAUUUCCCCACGUCCUGCCCGAAAGAUUGCUCGCGACGCGGGGUCUGCGAGUAUAACUUUUGCGUCUGUGAUGAUGGAUUCACUGGAAUUGACUGCUCCAACGUCUCUUGCCCUGACGAUUCCUGCUUCUUUGAUUAUCUGGGACACAGACAAGUUUGCGAACAGUGCAACAACCGCGGAACAUGUAAUGGAUACACGGGACAGUGCGACUGUCAGUUUCCCGCGUCGGGAGAGUCCUGUCGUGAAUACGAUUGCUUGAACGACUGCAAUGGCAACGGUAUCUGCGAUCACGCGCGCAACAACUCCCUGGGGUAUGGUGUCUGUGAAUGUUUCACGAAAGAUGGCAGACCAGCAUACGAAGGCUUAGACUGCUCCAUUCCAGUGUGUCCUUGGAAUCCUGCGAAUGAGAAAAACUUGACGUGUUAUGAUCGAGGUAUCUGCGUGAACGGAACGUGCGUGUGUCAUCCAGGAUACGGAGACAGUUUCGUCCACAGGGAACUGAGUGCACCAGAUGGUGGGUUGUUCGGCAUCAGGAUUCCAACGGAUUGGGACGGUACCCCGAUACCAGGCUGCGGCUACGAUGAAGAAAAAGAUGCGUACAGCGAAGCGUUCCGCGGACCAAAACCGGCAGAUCCUAUCACGGGAAGACCUGCUUUGCCAGAGUGUGAGCCCAUAUGGGUUGCUGAUUGUGGCGAUGUGUUUUUCACUUUUGCUGGAGCACCAACGCUUUACGGGAUGCCGCUUAUCAUUGCCCUUUCGCUGGCUUGGUUGGCAAACGAAAUUCUAGACAUCAACACCAGACCUUAAUGGUUGUAAUGUACAACAAGAGUGUAAUCUAAAAUCAUAGACUACUC